UACGAGGGCUUGAGAUUUUCUGGCUUUCAAGUGGACUGUUCUAAAAAUAAUCCAUUUGCUGGUGGAGUUCCAUAUUAAGUUCUGGCUCUAUUCACAAGGAACAAAAAGGCAGGAGACCUGCUGUUGUACAGGGGUUUGGGGUAGGAUCUCUUUUUCCCCACUGUGCUUGGAGGAAUGGGGGAACCGAAUGCAGAGGUCAAAGUGGUGAACGAAGAAACCGAUGCCAAGCCACAGCAGGUGCAUAGGAAUGGAAAGAAAGCAGAGGUUGGAGGAGGAACCUCGUUUUUCACCUGGUUCAUGGUUUUGGCUCUCCUGGGCGUCUGGACCUCUGUAGCCGUGGUGUAUUUCGACCUUGUUGACUAUCAAGGUGUAAUUGCAAAAGCAAAGGACUUGCGCUAUAAUCUUUCAGAGGUAUUACAAGGUAAACUUGUGUCCUAUGAUGCUGAUGGUGAUGGAGACUUUGAUGUGGAAGAUGCAAAAGUACUACUAGGGCUGAAAGAGAAAUCCACUACUGAGACCAGUGAAUCAGCUGAGGGAACCCCUGCUGAACCUGUGGAAGAAGCUCCUGAAUCUAUUGAGGAAUUAAUCCAAGCCACUACAGUUAAAGAAGCAGCUCAGCCACCACCGGAACCAGAGACUGUGGAAGAGGAGCCUGUUCCUGUGGAAGAAGAACCUCUGGCAGUAGACGAAGAGCCCACUUCAACAGAAGAUGAAGUAGCUGAGGAGGAACCAGAAGUUGAAGAGGAGCAAGAAGUUCCUGAGGAAGAACCAGAAGUUGUGGAGGAAGAGCCUGAGAUUACAGAGACCGAUUACAGAGACCAGGCUUUUGAGGAGGUAAUGGAAAAGCCUGCAAAAGAGGAAGAGGUCAUACCAGUUGAAGAAUCGGUUGAGGAGGCUGCAUCAGUGAAAGAAACAGCUGAGGAAGUGUUGGAGGAAGAGGCUGCACCAGUAGAAGAAGUAGUAGAAGAUGCAGUGCCUAAAGAGGCAGUAGAAGAAGUAGCUGAAGAGGUUGCACCUGUGGAAGAAGCAGUCGAGGAAGUGUUGGAGGAAGAGGCUGCACCAGUAGAAGAAGUAGUAGAAGAUGCACUGCCUGAAGAGGCAGUAGAAGAAGUAGCUGAAGAGGUUGCACUUGUGGAAGAAGCAGUCGAGGAAGUGUUGGAGGAAGAGGCUGUACCAGUAGAAGAAGUAGUAGGAGAUGCACCGCUGGAAGAGGCAACAGAAGUAGUCUUGGAAGAAGAGGAUGCACCAGUGGAAGAAACAGCAGAGGAAGCCACACCAGUAGAAGAAGCUGUGGAGGAGGUUGUAGCAGUAGAAGUUGUGGAGGAGGUUGUACCAGUAGAAGAAUUUGUGGAGGAGGCUGUAUCGGUAGAAGAAGGUGUGGAAGAGGUUGUACAGGAAGAAGAUGAUGUUGAGGAGCUUGAACCAGUAGAAGGAGCUGUUGAGGAGCUUGAACCAGUAGAAGAAGCAGUAGAGGAAUCUGAACAAGAGGAGGAAUCUGAAACAACAGAACCAGUGGAAGAAGUAGAAACACCCAAAGAGACCGUUGAGGAUUCAGUCUCUGAAGAAGAAACCGUAACAGAAGAGGAAGUUAUAGAGGAAACAGAUGAGCCAAUUCAGGAAGAUGAGGAUGUACAAGACUACACAUCGGAGGAAACCGAGUUUGAGGCAGAAAAUAUGGAAGAAGAGGAGGAUGCAGCUGCUGAAGAAGAGCAGGCUGAGGAGGAUGAAACAGAGGAUAUUAACCAAACAGAAGAACAAAUUGAAGUAGAGCCCACAGAAACAUAAAAUAUUAGGCAGUAAGAUGCAGAGAGGACCAGCACCACAUGGCAGUCCACUAGAAGUGUGCAGCUGCCAAUUCCCACCAUGGAGUAAAAAAGAAAAUAGCUACAUUUCUAUUUCACAUACAAAGUACAAAUACAUGUUUAUUUGAAUGUUUUGUCCACUUUCGUUUGGUGAUUUGACUCCUACCCCUUUUCUCUUUUGAAUCCUUUUUCUUUAAUUACAGACAAAGCUUUUUUCCCCAUCCUCUAACAUAGAUGUGAAGUAGCCUUUUUUUGAAUUAUCAUUGAUGAUAGUUUGGUUGUAUUUUCUUUUCUUGCAUGUAAAAACACCUUAAUGUUGCUUUAUAGCUCAGAGAUCUUUAUAUUCCAGUCAGCACUGAAUUCAUCAGUGUUUCUUUCUUCAUCAAAUCUGAUGUUUUGCUUCAUUGUGACAGUACUAUGCAAAGCUGCACUGAUCUUUUGCAAUUUUUUUUUUUUUUUACCCUUUUUGUACUACCAAUAUGUAUUGAAUCUACAUUUCCAAUGUUGCAUAUCAAGGAAAAGUUUAUGCUGGCAGGUUAACCAAGAUAAUUGCUAAGUGAACGAUGUAUAGAGUGAAUGGGCGUGUGUGUGUGUGUGUGUGUGUGUGUGUAUGCAUGUAUGUAUGUAAUGAAAAUUCAUGUUUGACUUUGCGAAAAAUAAUUUCUCACUAGUACGUUUUCACUGUUUUCUUAUGCAACUUCCAGCAUACAGUCAACAUUUUGGUACCUCUGUUGUUGUUGUUUUUUCCUCAAUACUGUAACUGUUUUGCUAAGAGUUUUUGCAGUUCUUCACAUUUAGGAAAUUUCGAAACUCAAAUGCUUAGUGUUGCCCCCAUCCUGUUUUUUUUUUCAAUAUAUACUUGUCUUUUUCAGUAAGUCAUGUAUCGCAGGCUCAUGAUUUGACAAUCUCUGUUUCAGGUAGACACUCCACUGCUGUGCAGUAUGCGUAUGAUAAACAGUGUUUUACACCGUUUACUACUUUACACCGUUUUAUUUAUUUUUUUAUAGCAGGGUAAAGGUCUUACCUAGUAAUUUUUGUGGGACAUCACAAAUCAGUAUAUGCUUAUUAAUUGUCAAAUGUAAUGAGCUGGCUAUGUACUGACUACAAGGUGGAUUUAUUCUGCCCCUUUCAACUGUUGCAGGCACAUCUAUAAGAAUACAAGAAAAUUUUGUCAUUGUACAUUCAGAAAGAGAGAUGGUUAUUUUGUCACUUUAAUAUCAUAGCAAGUCAACAUUAGUUUGCUUUUACCAUCAAUGUUGUCUUGGUUUUUAUUACAACACAAUGUAGCUUUCAUCCUUGACGCAGAGUAGUUGGUUUAGAAAUUGAAAACUUGUUUGAUCUUUUGAAAAAAGUCAAAUUCUGGCCCCCGUAUUGUUUCACUGUGGAAUAUAUAUAUAAUUUAAUUGUAAUGUUACACUGUGGUUUUAUGGGGCCUGCCCAAAUGCUGCAGAUCUCUUCAAAAUAAUGGUUUCAUAACAUAUACAAGUGGCUGAAAUAUAGAUUUAGGGUUUCUUUUUCUACAACACUAAAGGGCGUUUUGGACCCCUUAUACUUUUAAAGUCAAUGUGAAUUUUUAAAGUGUAUUGAUUUAACUUUUUUUUUUUCUUCUUCUUUUAGGAUUUUUAAGGAUUUCUUUUAUUUAGGAUUUGACUUUUUAUGGUCAAAUUAAAUGAAUUUUAUGAAAGUGUUAACUUAUCAAAGCCAUAUGUGAAAGGUUGGAUAUAACAGCCUUAGUAAGGUUCAAGGGACAAGCACCUCACAACCAGCAAUAACACCAUUUGUGAAGAGAAUUUUUUUUUUUUUAUUGAAAUCCAGAUAUAAACAGAGAUUUACUCAAGGCUUUCUAUCCAGAGGUUUACAUGGAAUCCUGCUGUAUAGGAUAACUCAUUUUAAGUUAUUGAGGCAAUGCAAUUUAAGGGAGUUUUGGGUGACUUUUCACGAAUCUGUAAACAAUGUUUUGUUUGAGUCCUGCAAUAAAGGUUGGGUUCAUUAAAAUCA